GCCGCGGGACCCACCCGCGCGCCCGCCAUCGCCCCUUUAAGAACGGCGCGCGCGGCGGGAGGAGGGGGCGCGCGCUUCCCGGAACAGCCCGCGCAGUGGGAAGAGAGGAAGAAAAUAAACCCGCGGCUGAAGCUGGAGCUGCCGCCGCCGGCGCCGCCGUUGGAGCUCCCCCGCGCGGAUGAUGCCUGCGGCGCCCGCGCGGGGCUCGGGGCGGUGAGGCCCGGGGUGCGGGGUAGCUAUGGCGACGACGAGCGCGACUAGCCGCGCCGCCUGACAGGUGUGGGGACCCAGCGGCGGCGGCGGCUCGGAGCAUUAUGUACGCCAAAGCCGGCAAGGGCUCGGCCGUGCCCUCCGACAGUCAGGCCCGUGAGAAGCUGGCGCUGUACGUGUACGAGUACCUGCUGCACAUCGGGGCCCAGAAGUCGGCCCAGACCUUUCUGUCCGAGAUCCGAUGGGAGAAGAACAUCACGCUGGGGGAACCCCCAGGGUUCCUGCAUUCCUGGUGGUGCGUUUUCUGGGACUUGUACUGUGCAGCACCUGACCGCAGAGAGGCAUGUGAGCACUCCAGCGAGGCCAAGGCCUUCCAGGACUACAGUGCUGCGGCUGCCCCCAGUCCUGUGAUGGGGAACAUAGCCCCCAGCGAUGCAAUGGCAGCAGGCCCCAUGGCGCCUGGCUUCUUCCAGGGUCCUCCUGGCUCCCAGCCACCCCCCCACAACCUCAACACCCCAAUGAUGGGGCCUCACAUUCAGCCCUUCAUGUCACCGCGGUUCCCAGGGGGCCCCCGGCCCACCCUGCGGAUGCCGAGUCAGCCUCCUGUGGGCCUCCCUGGCUCCCAGCCCCUCCUUCCUAGCACCAUGGACCCCUCCCCACGUGCUCAGGGGCAUCCAAACAUGGGCCCAAUGCAGAGGGUGACUCCUCCACGGGGCAUGGCCGGUGUUGGGUCCCAGAGCUACGGAAGUGGCAUGCGGCCCCCACCCAACUCCCUCGCUGGCCCAGGCCUGCCCACAAUGAACAUGGGCCCCGGAGUGCGCGGCCCGUGGGCCAGCCCCAGUGGCAACUCGAUCCCCUAUUCUGCCUCCUCCCCUGGCAGCUACACAGGACCCCCAGGAGGCGGUGGGCCCCCUGGAACACCCAUCAUGCCCAGCCCUGGAGACUCCACCAACUCCAGCGAGAACAUGUACACCAUCAUGAACCCCAUCGGGCCGGGUGCUGGCAGGGCUAAUUUCCCACUGGGCCCCAGUCCGGAGGGCCCUAUGGCAGCCAUGAGUGCGCUGGAACCUCACCAUGUGAACGGAUCCCUGGGCUCGGGCGACGUGGACGGGUUGCCGAAGAGCUCCCCCGGCGCAGUGGCCGGCCUGAGCACCGCCCCGGGCACCCCGCGGGAUGACGGCGAGAUGGCGGCCACCGGGACUUUCCUGCACCCGUUCCCGAGCGAAAGCGUAAGCGACUGCGUCGACUCUCCCCCCGCGGCGGCGUCGGGCCGGAGGGGCCUGGCGGGCAGGCCCCGGCGGGGCGGCCGGGGGGCCAGAGCAAGACCAUGACUGCGGCGGGCCAGGUGGGGGGGCAGCCGCGGCAUCCUUCCCCUUCUCUUCCUCCCCACUCCUGCCCUGGUGUCACGCCCUUACCCUGUUCCCACCCAGUGACCCUUGCCCCAGGACUGCCUCAACUCCUUAACUUCUUCCAUACCUGCCCCCAGCCACUCCACAUAUGCCCCACUGGUCCAUUUGUCCAUUCUCCCUGGGGGGUGGGUCCCAGCCUAGGCCAGAGCUGAGCCCGCCCCCGCGCGCCACCCCCUCGUCUCUCCGCAGUACUCGCCUGGGAUGACCAUGAGCGUGUGACGGGGCGGUAGCCCCUUGCCCACUGCUGGCCUCGUCCUCUGCCCAGCGCCCCUGCCCGGGGCCAAGGGCCAGUGGCUCAGGUGGUCUGCAGGGGGAGGGUAUAAGGUCACACCUUGGGCAGCUGGACUCCUGGUCAAGGCUUGGAGGCUGGGAGGCCACGCCCACGAAGGACUCUCAUUUUAUUAAAAACACAAAAACGCAAGGACCUCAGAGAUGCUCUUUUCCGUGUGGGCCCAACCCCCACCCUCACUCCAGUUCUUUUUGUCCUGGGGGACUCCUUUGGGAUUUCCCUUCCUCUGGAGGGCAAGGGGUAGGCCCCAUCAAUAAAUGUAACUUGUUUUGGUUUUUGGUGUCUGA